AGAGCCAGCCAGCCGGCGGCUUCGUAGCACUGGGCCCGCAAGUUGCCGCGAUUAUCGGCGGGUGCGGGCACGAAGUCGUACAGCUGCCUCGCGAGCUCUUCGCCAUCAUGCUUCCCUUCGCCUUCUUCGAAGCGUGCCAAGUCAAACGAUGCCUGGAGAAGAACAUUCCACAGCUGGUGCGACUCCUGGAAGACGGAUUCCGUAGCCUCGCCUUGGGUCCCGGUGGUGGCAUCGUCCAGCCGCAGAGACAUGUCGUGCCUGUCAAGGGUCACAAUGGGGAGUUGCUGUCUAUGCCGGCUUACAUCGCUUCUGGCCAAUCAUUGGCCACCAAGGUGAUCACUUGCUACCCGAACAACAGGCCGCCCUUCCCAAGUAUCCAGGGUGUUGUGAUCCUCUUCCAUGCCGGCACAGGAGCCCUCAAAUGCAUUAUGGACGCCGUAGAGAUCACCGCCUACCGCACCGCUGCCGCGUCAGCUGUUGCUACCAAGUAUCUCGCCACCGAAAGCCCGAAGAUCCUCGCAGUUCUGGGUGCAGGGACACAAGCGAAAAGCCACGUCCUCGUCAUGACCACAAUGUUUCGUUUCGAACAGGUGCGGAUCUGGAACCACCGUGAGUCGUCGGCCGUGUCUCUCGUGCAAGAGCUCGCCGCACUGGGCAUUUCGGCACGCUGCGAGGCCUCCGUCGAGGAUGCAGUGCGUGAUUCCGACGUAGUGGUCACCGCCACCUCGUCUCCCAAGCCUGUCCUGGAAGCCGGCUGGCUGAAGAAAGGCGCCCACGUCAACGCGGUGGGCGCUCCGCUUCCCGACAGGCACGAGCUGAGCGUGGAGCUGAUGCGUCAGGCCGUGGUCUACGUGGACAGCACCGAAGGGGCAGUGACAGAAUCCGGUGACGUCAUCAUUUCCGGGGCUGAUAUAUACGCGGAGAUUGGGGAGGUCGUGCUGGGUACAAAGGACAGCCGGCGCUCCGACACCACAGUCUUCAAAUCUCUGGGCAUGGCGAUGGAAGAUGCCCUGGCAGCCGACCUUGUCUACCGUCACUUAGCGGACGAUAAAAGCUGAAUGGAAAGGGAUAAAAGCAAACUGGAAGGAAAGAAAUGUGUUCGUAUGCUUAAGGGGCUGAAUCGUACGAUCAGCUUAAUCAAAAAGAUACCUGUAAGGAGACAUAAUAAAUAGAUGUGGAGACGGAAA